CCAAAAAAGGCUUGGCCUUGCCACCUCCUCCUUCACUGGCGUUGUCGCGAGCUUUCGAGAUACAAAACGGCCGACAAGGUGUCCUAGAAGAUUAUUGAGAAACAAUGGCUAUUCCAUUCUCCAACACCACCCAACGCAUUCCUCCAGGAUUUGCAAAUCUGCUCGAAGGGCUUGCCAGGGAAGUCUUGAGGAACCAGCCUGAAGAUAUACCAACGUUUGCAGCCAAAUAUUUUGAAACUCUCCUCAUCGAAAGAGAAAAAACUGGGUAUGAUCCAAGUGAAUGGGGAGCAAAGCUGGAUGACCGAUACUACAAUAACCGUGCUUUCAAUGAACUUGCACCGCCAGGAGGUGGUGAUAAAUCAGAGGAGAAGAAGGAAGAACCUGCUACAGAGUCAGAGGCGGCAAUCCAAAAACCACUAGUUGAGGGAAGUGGUGUUAGUUUAACAGAAGAACAAGCUGCUACAAAAAUUCAGGCCACUUACAGAGGAUACAAAACAAGAAAAGAAGGGAAAAGCCCAAAAGAAGAACUGGAAGACAGGGAGGAAGCCGGAAAGGAAGCCGAGAAAGUGGAAGAGCCGAGUGAGCCUGAUAAAAAAGAGCCACAGUAAAUGAACACAGCAAUCCUGCCAGCAGUCAAGUUUUAGAACUGGCUGAAGGCAAAGUCCCAUUGGUCUGCUUUAGAAGCAUGAGCCAAGUUUAUUAAAUGAACCAUAGCCUUUUAAAAUGCACCAUGUUGUUCUUGAUGCUUAUUGGCCAAUCAGUAAACAUGUGUUUAAUGCACAAGGUCAUUUUGGAGUGAUGGAUGGCUACUACCUGACUUGAGCUAUAGUGAGACUUCCACCAUUCCAUCCUUUCGGCUACAUUAAAGAGGAAAAAGGUAUAAGGUCUUAUAGCUCCCUUAGGGCUUACCUGCACAGCAUUUUAGUUACAAAGCUAUUGUGCUCUGGAUGUAAAUGCCAGUUCAGACUAUCAGCACUUUCUCAUGCAGCCUGCAUAGGCCAUUUCGUCAAUAUGCUGACCUCAUUCGCACAUAGUGACAACCUUGAGUGUGGGUUAUCGUUGAAUCAUGGGUUGUCAUUAUGUGCGAGAACCCUGCACUAUGAUUUUACUUUGGGAGGUUAACCACGAACAACCCAGAGUUCACAACCCAAUGACAGAGUGUGGUUUUUCUUUCUGAGUUGUUCGUGAAUUCUGAACACAGAAGCCAAAAUGUCAGAGGUUUUGGUAAGUGUCGUAACCAUUGAUUUAUGGAAAAAGUCAAUUUGGGACUGCAGCCAACUGGAUGGAAUUUACACAAUUGUGUGGCACAGUGGCUCUUUCUCUGCAAUCCCACCUCUCCCUCCCUCCCUCUUUCUCACUCUGUGCCACCCCUUCUCUGUGGGUUGCAUAAAAUUAGGGCCAUGUGAAAUUAGACCACAGGCUGCAGCUUCCUCGCCCCAGAUCUAGGUGUAUCCUAGUUUUUCGUCUCAUACUUAAGCUACUUUUGAAAAUGCUUUACUUUUGCCUCAUACUUCUGUAAACUUACCUUCUGUUGAUUCUUGCUAUGCCCAUCAUCUUGUUCUCUCCCAUUUCCUUUUAUAUGUCUUGUCAUCUAUAGUGAAGCCAUUUGAUAUCAGAAUUUCUUUUUUAAAAAUGGCCUUUAAUUUGUAAUUUUAUGGUUUUUAUAUUGUAUUUGUUUGUACGUUUGUUUUUUUAAGUCGCGUACCCCACCCUGGGAUCCCUUGGGAGUCAGUUUAGACUGACUGACAGAUCUAUCCAUUCUCUCAGAUAAAAGAUGGAAAAUAUUUACCUAGUUUGUGUUGUCUUCAGUUGACCUUUUUGGUGUCGUUACUCAACAUUCUUGAUCAGAAGCUAGGAGGAUAUGAUAUGACAUGAUUUUUACAGAUGUGAUUAUGGAAUUAUUCUGGAGUCCAAAACAGACACAAUUUCUUUGCUUGUUUUGUGUGUCUUUGUAUUUUGAAAAUUAAUAAAAUAAUAAUAAUAAUU